AUGGCGCCUCUCCCACACGUCCGGCCGGAGAAUAUCCUCAGGCGCGCUGAGGAACUUAUUGCCGUCGACCAACAUGCGUCUGCUUUGACCGUUCUACACGAGCAUGUCACCUCGAAACGGUCCAGAAACAGCCCGAUUGCCUCUCUGGAGCCAGUCAUGGUGCUGUUCGUCGAGCUCUGCGUCGAUUUGAGAAAGGGAAAGUCUGCCAAAGAUGGCCUGUACCAGUACAAGAACAUUGCCCAGAACACCAACGUUGGAACCAUCGAGAUGGUAUUGAAAAAAUUCAUCGAGUUGGCGGAGAAGAAAGUCACAGAGGCCCAGGCAAAGGCAGAUGAGAUCCAGCAGUCUCUCGAAUCAAACGCCGGAGCUACUUCAAAUAUCGAGGACCUAGAUGCCAUUGAGACUCCAGAGACCAUCCUUCUUGCUACCGUCUCCGGAGAACAGUCCAAGGACCGCACAGACCGCGCGGUCGUCACGCCCUGGCUCAAGUUCCUCUGGGAGACAUACCGCACCGUGCUCGAGAUUCUCAAGAACAAUGCCCGUCUCGAGGUCAUGUACCAGACCACCGCCCUGCAAGCUUUCCAGUUCUGCCUCAAGUACACCCGCAAGACCGAAUUCAGACGUCUUUGCGAGCUGCUCAGGAACCAUGUCCAGAAUGCUGCCAAGUAUUCAUCCCAGAUGCAUGCCAUCAACCUCAGCGAUCCCGACACCCUGCAACGCCAUCUAGAUACCCGCUUCCAGCAGCUGAACGUUGCCGUCGAGCUUGAGCUAUGGCAGGAAGGUUUCCGCAGUGUCGAGGAUAUCCAUACUCUCCUCAACCUAAGCAAGCGGCCCGCAAAGAACGUCAUGAUGGCCAACUACUACGAGAAACUUGCACGUAUCUUCCUAGUCAGCGAUAACUACCUCUUCCACGCUGCUGCUUGGAACAGAUACUAUACCCUCCUCCGCCAGUCUGCCAUUGCCGUUGCCUCUGGCCAGGUCUCUAAGAAGGACAACCCAUCCGUCUCCGAAGCAGACAUGACCAAAACCGCAUCCUUUGUCCUUCUCUCUGCUCUCUCCAUCCCCGUCAUCAGCACUUCUCGCUCUCGUGGUGCUCUCGUAGAUGUUGAUGAAGCCCGCAAGAACAAGAACACUCGCCUGACCAACUUGCUCGGCAUGGCUUCCCCUCCCACCCGUGCUGCUUUGUUCAAAGACGCUCUUAACAAGGGCCUCUUGACUCGUGCUCGUCCAGAGAUCCGGGACCUCUACAACAUCCUCGAAGUCGACUUCCACCCCCUCUCUAUUUGCAAGAAGAUUGCUCCUAUCCUGGAACAGAUCGGUGCUGACGCCGAGAUGGAGAAAUAUGUCCUACCAUUGCAACAGGUCAUCCUUACCCGUCUGUUCCAGCAGCUGUCCCAGGUUUACGAGUCUGUAGAGCUCAAGUUCGUUCACGAGCUUGCUCACUUCCCUGCUCCCUUCCAAGUAACUCCUUCCAUGGUCGAGAAGUUCAUCAUGAACGGCUGCAAGAAGGGUGAUUUGGCUAUCCGAGUUGACCAUGUUUCUGGUGUCCUCACCUUUGACUCGGAUAUCUUCUCUUCCGCUAAAGCUGUGCAUGCCGGUAGUGCUGCCGGAUCGGCUGAGAGCGACGUCGGCGCCGUUCAGAGGCUCCAGAGCACCCCAGCCGAGAUUGCCAGGUCCCAGCUCACUCGUCUCGCAAAGACCUUGCAUGUCACCUGCAUGUAUGUUGAUCCCACUUACAACGAAGCUCGCAUUGAGGCCCAGCGUCAAGCACAGGCCCGCGCCAAAGCUGGUGCUGCAAAGGAACACGAGCAGAUCCUUGCUCGCCGUGUGAUCAUCGACAAGAAGAAGGAGGCCGCUUCCGAUGCUCUCCAGAAGAAGCAGCAGGAGGAAGAAACUCAGAAGCGUAUCCGCACACAGCAGCUACAGGAGGCUGAGAAGCAGCGUCUUCUUGACGAGCACCGUGAGAGAGAGCGCAAGCGUAUGAAGGAUGAGCAGGACCGUAUCCGCCAGGCUGAGCUGAAGAAGCAGCUCGAGGAACUCAAGACCGGUAUCAAGGGUAUUGAUGUUAGCGAAAUUGACCUCGAGGAGCUUGACUCCAACCGUCUCCGAGCAAUGAAACUUGCCCAGCUUGAGAAGGAGAAGAACGAACUCAAUGAGAAGAUCCGAGUAACUGCCAAACGCUUUGAUCAUCUUGAGCGUGCUUACCGCCGUGAGGAACUCAAGCAUCUGCCCGAGGACUAUGAGAGACAGAAGAAGAAUGAUCUCGAAGUCUACGAGAAACAAAAGGCAGAGACCCUUGCUGCCGCUGAGCUCAAGCACAAGGAAGACGUAGCUCUCAAGCACCGUCUUAGCCGCCUUGUACCUCAAUUCAACAAGUUCAAGCACAGCGUCACCGAGAAGCGACAUGAAGAGUUCGAGCGUCGUCGCAAGGCAGCUGAGCGUGAGUUCGAGGCUAAGAAGAAACAACGUGUCAAGGAAGUCCAAGAGCGUGUUAAGAGAGAGAGAAUGGAGCGUGAAGCCGAGGAACGAAGGAAGCGUGAAGAAGCUGAGCGUGCAGAGAGAGAAGAACAGGAGAGAGCAGCCAGAGAUGAGGAGAGGAGGAAGAAGUUGGCCGAGGAGAAGGCUGCUAGAGAAGAGCAGAGAAAACUCCUGGAUGAGCAAGCUGCCAAACAGAGACAGCGUGAGGAGGAAGUUGAGAAGCGUCUUGCAGCUAAAAAAGCCGGCAUGCCAGAUCCUCGCCUGGCUCGCGCUCCCCCAACAGCUGCCGCCGAGCCUUCGCGAACUGACUCUACUGAACGCACCGCUCCUCGGCUCAACCUCACAUCGCGCGCUGGCGCUGGUGCCUCCUGGAGAGAGCGAGAGGCUGCCAAAAAGGCUGCUCCCAGCGGCGAACCACCCGCUGCUGAUGAGUCGUCCGCACCACCUCCACGAACCCUUCCUGGCCGUGAACCCCGUGAGCUUCCAUCUCGCGAACGUGAACCUCCAGCCCGCGACCUGGGUGCCCGGGAUGCCCUCCGCAAACCAUCAGGUUCCUCCGGAGCCUACGUCCCUGUCCACCUCCGUGGCCGCAACAGCCCAGCAAAUGGCUCUGCUCCUCCCUUCUCAGCCAGACGAGAGGUAUCUUCUUCCGACGCCCGACCCCCAGUUGCCAGGAGUCCCGCUCCCCCCGCCGACAGCGAAGGCAAGCCAGAGGCCAAGCUGCCCCCUCCAAGCUCCGGUGCCUGGAGACCCCGACCCAGACCCCAGUAA